AUGGAGAGGACCUCCAAGGAAUAUAAGGGUGUCAACGAGUCUGUACUUCAACCGUCCUCCAGCAACGAAGACAUUGGCUCGACUUACAAUGUCGAUGGCCUACAGCGAUCACUCAACAAUCGACAGAUCCAAUGGAUUGCCAUCGGUGGUUCAAUCGGCACGGCGCUCUUCGUCAGCAUUGGUUGGGGUCUUCUUGAGGGCGGGCCCGGAUCUCUCCUGUUAGGCUUCAUGUUCUUCAGCAGCGUCAUCGCUGCCAUGAACAGUGGUAUCGCCGAGAUGACUGUCUACAUGCCCAUUUCUGGUUCUUUCAUUCGGUUCGCCGGAAAAUGGGUCGACGAAGCUUUUGGAUUUAUGGCUGGCUGGAAUUUCUUCCUCUAUGAAGCUAUUCUCAUCCCCUUCGAAAUCUCCGCACUCACUCUCGUUCUAAAGUUCUGGAGAGACGACAUUCCUGUUUGGGCCGUCUGUCUCGUCUGCAUUGCCAUGUAUGCGGUCAUCAACGUUUUCGCAGUCAAAUGGUACGGAGAGGCGGAGUUUUGGCUAUCUUCCGGCAAAGUCAUCCUUAUUAUUGUCCUGUUUAUGUUCACCUUCGUCACCAUGGUUGGUGGUAAUCCUCAAGGCGAUGCAUACGGCUUCAGAUAUUGGCGAGAUCCUGGGAGCUUCGCGGAAUAUGUCCAUGAAGGAUCCUUGGGUAAAUUCGAAGGUUUUCUCGGUGCCCUAUUCGUCGCCGCAUGGACUGUCUGCGGACCAGAAUAUAUCGCUAUGGUUGCUGGAGAGGCAGUGUAUCCUCGUGUGACCAUCAAGACUGCAUUCAAGACUGUCUAUUGGCGAUUCGGAUGCUUCUUCAUUCUUGGAGCACUGUGUGUGGGAAUAGUUCUGCCUUAUAACGAUCCUACAUUGAUCCAUAUCUUGAACAAUGAGGGAACUGGCAGCGGCGCAGCAUCUCCAUACAUUAUCGCUAUGCAAAACAUGGGCGUGACGGGUCUGCCUCACCUUGUUAAUGCUCUGCUUGUGACCAGCAUCUUCUCCGCUGGAAACACAUAUUGUUUCAUGGCGACUCGCUCGCUGUACAGUCUCGCUUUGGAGGGACAAGCACCAAAGUUCCUUCGAGCCACCACUAAGAAGGGAAUUCCUCACUGGUGUUUCUGUGUUACCAUGGUGUUCCCCUUCCUGAGCUUCCUUCAGGUGAGCAACGGCUCUGCCCAGGCUAUUCGAUGGCUUGUCAACUUGGUCACUGCCUCUCAACUUCUCAACUACGUCGUUAUGGGUACCACGUAUAUCUUCUUCUUCCGCGCCCUCAAGGCUCAGGGGAUUGAUCGCAGAACUCUGCCAUACAGAGGAUAUUUCCAACCAUACAUCAAUAUCGUCGGACUGAUUUUCGUCACGAUCAUCAUGUUCAUCCAAGGCUACACAGUGUUCUACCCCAGCUGGUGGACUGUCGGCACAUUCUUCACCUACUACACCAUGAUCUUCGUGUGCAUCCUCUUGUUUGUGGGAUGGAAGGUAGUCAAGAAGACUAAAUUCGUGAAACCCCACGAGGCAGACCUUGUUUGGGAACGCCCUAUCGUGGAUGCCUACGAAGCGAGUAUCAGUCCUCCGCUCGGUCUCUGGGAGGAUAUCUGGGGUAGCACCCUGGCUUUCCUGAGGAUUAAACGCUCAAAGACCAGCAAGACCGAGCAAUAA